UGUGAGGAUUCUGGGAGGUGUGGCAGAAGCAGCAAUGGUCCCCUAGGGAAAGGAAAACCUUCUGAACUUGAAAGUUUGGGGUUUCCUGGUUUCUGCCGACUCUUGAAUCCUAGGAAGGCUUCCCCAGAAGAUUUCAGUGUGAGCACAGUGAAACAGAGACCUGUUUAACAUUCCAAAUUAGAACCAGGGGACUGACCGGUUUUGACUUUGUGGAGCUAUCUCAUUAACUAAAGGGACUUGACAAUGUCUUUAUACUGUGGAAUUGCUUUCAAGAGAAAAUCUUUUUGGUGCUAUAGGCUACUGUCAACCUAUGUCACAAAGACACGGUAUUUAUUUGAACUGAAGGAAGAUGAUGAUGCAUGUAAAAAAGCCCAGCAGACAGGAGCAUUUUACCUCUUCCAUGGCCUGGCUCCUUUACUUCGGACAGCAGAACAUGGAUACCUGGUCCCCCGGCUUAGCCUAUUAGAGCUGGAAAGGCUCCUGGGUAAGUUUGGACAGGAUGCACAAAGAGUAGAAGAUUCUGUGCUGAUUGGAUGCUCUGACCAGCAUGAAGCUUGGUUUGCUCUGGACUUAGGUCUGAAUAGCUCAUCUUCCAUAUAUGCCUCCUUACCAAAACCUGAAAUGGAGACAGAGCUCAGAGGGUCUUUCACUGAACUGAGGAAGGCUCUUUUAAAGCUGAAUUCAAUGGAUUCCUCCUUGCUAUUCACAGCUCAGGCUCUUCUCCGUUGGCAUGACAGUCAUCAGUUCUGCAGCAAAAGUGGGCAGCCCACUAAGAAGAAUAUGGCUGGCAGCAAGCGUGUGUGCCCUUCUAAUAAGAUCAUCUAUUAUCCACAGAUGGCUCCUGUGGUGAUCGUUCUUGUGUCAGAUGGGGCCCGAUGCCUGCUUGCUCGCCAGAGUUCCUUUCCCAAGGGACUAUAUUCUGCCCUAGCAGGGUUUUGUGAUAUAGGUGAGCGUAUAGAAGACGCUGUCCGUCGUGAAGUUGCAGAAGAGGUGGGGUUGGAGUUGGAAAGCCUCCAGUACUCUGCAUCCCAGCACUGGCCCUUUCCUAAUAGUUCUCUCAUGAUUGCUUGUCAUGCAAUUGUGAAACCAGGGCAGACAGAGAUCCAGGUGAACUUGAAAGAACUGGAGGCAGCUGCCUGGUUCAGUCAUGAUGAGGUGGUCACAGCACUGAGGGGAGAGAGCCCUUAUACUCAGCAACAGAACAAGAUUUCCCCAUUCUCUUUGCCCCCUAAGUUAGCCAUUGCCCACCACCUGAUUAAGGAGUGGGUGGAAAAACAGGCCUGUUCUCUGCCUGCUUAGCCCAGGACAUCUACAUUCUUUCUGGCUGAAGGGCAUGCCUUCAGAGAUCCAUUGUAAAGGAGAAGUAACAAAAGCAACAGGCCAAUCCCAUAAUUAAGUGGUGAAGGUGAACCUAAAGAAAGCUAUCUCGGGUCAGCCAUGUCAGCGCAAGACACUCCUAUGAACAGGCAAUAAGAAUGACAAUAUACACUGGGUAUGUAGUCACAGCUACUUGGAAGGCUGGGUAUCAAGAUUGCUUGAGCCCAGGAGUUUGGGGCCCGCCUAAGCAACAUAGCAAGAACUUCCUCUUUUAAAUAAAACAACAACAAAAACACACUAGGAGUGGUGGCACAUGCCUAUAACCCCAGUACUUGGGAGGCCUGUUGGUUUCCAGUUCCAGGCAAGCCUAGGAGGCUACAUAGUAAGAAAACAAAAAAAACAACAAAAAAAGCUAAAGUAAGAGAAAAAGCUGUUACUGUGUCAACUAUAAAAAUCAGAGUAAGAGUAGAGAUUAGUUUCUAUGUAAGCCCUUCAUAAUCCACUUUCUCCAAGACCUUAGAAGCAAACAUCUGGCAUGUGUCUUGUUAAUGCUGUGUUUAUAUUAACCACCAAAAUGUGCCUGGAGUAAUUAUGGUUAAGAUGUAUAUCUUAACAUGGAAAAUAUAUAACCAACUUCAAGCUACUAAUCGGUUAUUGAAUUAGGAAAAACAUUUUCAAAUCUGUGUAUAGGUACAUUCUUGUACAUAGUAGCUAAAUAAGAGGAUUUGUUGAUUUUUUUUUUUCCUUCUCUCCAGUGUUGAUGGAAUUCAGAGCCUUAUGUAUGCUAUGCAAGUGCUCUGCCCCUGAGCUAUACCCUUGGCCCAAAAGUUUUUCUCUUAAAUUGUUUGAAGGGAUUAGGAAAGAGUGAGAUAGAGAGAUAGUCUUCCUCAGAAUGUUCUUGUAGUAAAUGAGGGCGGCAAUGAGGUUCUGUUAAUAUGGCAGAGUGCCCGAUUAGUAGGCACAAGGACCAGAGUACCAUCCAAAAACUCCAGUAGUAUAAAAAAAAAAAAAAGAGAGAGACUACUUUCUGUUCUCAGCUCUAUUAUUUACUCAGUUUGUGACCUACAUAAAAGAUCAUCGCUUUGCCAUCCUUGUUUUCCUAAAUUUGUACCAUUUUUCCAGCCCUGUGAGAUAAGCAAAACCAGGAUCCUCCUCAUAAUAUGCCAUUCUGAACCAGUCUUAAGGAAGAAGACCUUUUUUGGAGGGAAUAAAGGAAAUAUCUGCACUUUCUGUUCAGAUUUUUUUUUCUGUCCAAUGAAUCCAGGAAAUUUUAGAAAGUGAGAAUGAGGGAGCUGAUUACAAAAAAAAGAUCUUUUUGGAGUAACAAUCAAAGUCUAGGUUCCAAGUUGGCACAAAUGAGACAGUGUGCAGAAGUACUAUCUUUAGAUGAUUUUAGGCACUAAUUCGUAAUUAAGAUAUAAGCCCCAGAGAUCCUAGAUUUAUUCACAAAUUGUCUCCCAUAGGACUAA